AUGGGGAACUACGUCUCCUGCACUCUGGCGACUCCGCUGACGAAGAGCGGGAAGGCGGCGGCGGCGGCGAGGGUGGUGUUCCCCGGCGGCGAGGUGAGGCAGUUCCGGGACCCGAUCAACGCGGCGGAGAUCAUGUUCGACUGCCCGAGCUUCUUCCUCGCGAACUCCCAGUCCCUCCAGAUCGGCCGCAGAUUCUCGCCGCUCCCGGCCGACGAGGAGCUGGAGCUCGGGAACGUGUACCUCACGUUUCCGAUGAAGAGGGCCAGCUCCGUCGUCACCGAUUCCGACAUGGCGGUGUAUUUCGUGGCGGCGAACUCCGCAGCGAAAAGGAUCGGCGGCAGGUCGGCGGAUCCGGCCAGGAUCCGGCCGGAGGAGGUGGAGCUGGAUCGGAAGAGCUUGGAGGAGAUGUCGGAGGAGUUGGAGAUUCCGGCGGAGUUUAAGCACAGGCUGUCGAUUUGCCGGUCGAGGAAGCCGAUGCUGGAGACGAUCAGGGAAGAGCCGGCGACUCCGGUGCUUUCCAGAUGA